UUGGAUAGCGUGGUUACCUAGGUAGUUCCAUGUGCUCGUAGAYCUUUGUAUUCUAGGGUUUGUUUUCAUGUUUAUUUGAAGUUUUCUCGAUCACACUAGAUCUUUUCCUUGCUUGAUAGUUGAUCAUGAGUUUCCGUGGUCGUGGUGGAGGCGGUGGUGGAUUCAGAGGCCGUGGUGGUGGUCGUGGUGGAGGUGGAUUCAGAGGCCGUGGUGGCGGUAGGGGUGGCGGUGGUCACUACGAUCAGGGACCACCUGAAUCAGUCGUAGAACUUGGACUCGUCAAGCAUCAAUGUGAAGAAGAUCUCGUAUGUUCAUGCACCAAUGAGAAAAUACCAUAUUUUAAUGCACCAGUGUACUUGGAGAAUAAGUCCCAGAUUGGAAAAGUAGAUGAUAUAUUUGGACCAAUCAAUGAUUUUUUCUUUUCUGUAAAAGUAUCAGACAAUAUGAAGGCAUCUUCAUUUAAAAAAGGACAAAAGUUUUUCAUUGAUCCAUACAAGCUUCUCCCACUUCAAAGGUUUCUGCCAACACCAUCAGGUGGAGUACAAAAGCGUGGAGGAGGAAGAGGUGGCGGAAGAGGUGGUGGAAGAGGUGGUGGAAGAGGACGAGGAGGAGGGAGAGGAGGAGGGAGAGGUGGUGGUCGAGGUGGAGGUUUCCGUGGUGGAGGAGGAGGACGUGGAGGGAGAGGAGGUGGUGGAUUUAGAGGCCGUGGAAGAUACUAA